UGCCCGCCUCCACAGCAGGCCGAUCUGUUGUCUCGUACAUCCUUCUAAACUAGAGGAGCAGCACCGGUGACCCCAGCCCCAAAAACCUUCCCAAGCCAAAAUCACCGGUGAGUUCAAAUCAGAUCGAGCGUACAAACGAAAAAAAAACAGUCACUUGAAAUCUAAGAGAUGCCUAUGAAUAAUGCUAAAUCUACAAAAGGUCCUACAAAAUGCUACUUGUGCGCUGAUGCGGCGGAUAGCAAUAAGCCUGCAUGCUAUGUAUAAUUAGUACCGCCAUUGGCCCAUUGAUUUGAGUUCAGAUGCCAUAAAAUCUUCAAAAUGUCUUUUGACCGUUGCAAGUUUGAAAGCACAGGACAGAUUGAAAAAAGGAGGCAAAGAGGAAAAAACUCACUAUCCCACGGGUCCAUAGACCCGUGCUACUACACCGGCCAAACACCCAUCCUCCCCGCCCGCCACUAAGCUUAUCCUCCCUCCCUCACUCCUCCUGUCGGCCCGUCGUCCCCAAUCCAAGUCAGCGGCCGACGCGGACGCCGGCAAGCCGCGCGGCCAGGACCACCGCCUGCACCUCACCGGCCUCCGCAAUCAUGUCCUCCGUCCACUUCUUCCCCGCCACCUCCCAGAGCCCCGCCCUCGCCGGCCUCCUCAAACCCUCCCCAAAGCCACCCUUCCCGAGCCCGCGCACCCUGUCGACCGCUGCCUUCCACCACAGCGGCAAUGGAAAUGCGUGGCGCCGCCCGAACCUACUUACCCGUCGGAGGGUCCGCUCCCCCGCGGCGCCAGAUGACGCGCCGCCGGUAGGCCCCGACGGCGGCGGCAGUGGCGGGGGCGCGGGCGGCGGCGGCGGAGGGGAGGACGAGGAGGAAGAGGGGGAGAAGAAGGAGAAGGGAUUGUUGCCGGAGUGGAUGAACGUGACCACGGAGGACGCCAAGACGGUGCUGGCCGCGGUGGCCAUCUCGCUCGCCUUCCGCUCCUUCGUCGCCGAGCCGCGGUUCAUCCCCUCGCUAUCCAUGUUCCCCACGUUCGACGUCGGCGACCGCAUCGUCGCCGAGAAGGUUACUUAUUACUUCAGAAAGCCAUGUGUAAAUGACAUUGUAAUUUUCAAAAGUCCACCAGUGCUACAGGAGGUCGGGUAUACUGAUAAUGAUGUUUUCAUCAAAAGAGUAGUUGCCAGGGAGGGAGAUGUUGUUGAGGUUCAUGAAGGAAAACUACUUGUGAAUGGUGAGGCUAGAAAUGAAGAAUUCAUUCUUGAGCCACCUUCUUAUGACAUGAACCCAGUGGAAGUACCUGAAAACUCAGUUUUUGUAAUGGGGGAUAACCGAAACAACAGUUAUGAUUCACAUGUGUGGGGUCCUCUUCCGUCAAAGAACAUAUUGGGGAGAUCUAUCUUUCGGUAUUGGCCUCCUGGCCGAAUAGGGAGUACUGCCAAAGGUUGCCUUGUCCCUGAAACAAAACCAGACUCCCUCAUUGAUGUCAAAUUGACAAAGUAGAUGUUCAUCCAUUAGUUACUGUGGUACGAAGUUUGAGCUCCACAUGAGCUCCUACUUUAGAAUAUUCCUCUUUUUGUAGAAUCUCAUAGAGGAAUACUUGCUGGCACUCUCGUAGAAAUCAUAAAGGGGAAUACAUUUCGUUCUCCUUGAAGUUGGAUGGAAUGGUAAAAAGCGCAGAAACCAUUUUGUCUCAAGGUUUCGCCUGCUUUGCCUCGUUGUAUAUUAGGGAAUAUUGAUUUUUAUCUUCAGUCCAUUGGAAAAUUCUUGACCUAAUGAAGGCAUGAAGCUGGAAAGGAAAUGAUCCCAUUAUUGAAACAUUAUGUAA